AUGAAGCUAUUCACAGCGGUAAGCCUGCUGGCUGCCGCCAGUCAGUACUGGCUCGCAUCUGGACUGCCGCAGUUUCCAGACAAUCCUAUGUGUACUGCCGGCAUCACCUCGGUGGAAGUUCAACCUGUCCAGUUCGUCGUGCGCCGACCCAUCUACAUCAGCGCCUUUCUGCCUGCCAAUACCGUUUUGGUCCUCGAUGAUGGAUUGACACUCACAAUCACCAAUGCGCCGGUCACUCUCGUCACUGAAUUCGAUAGGCUGGGCACCUUGUCUUCCCGGGUAACGAGAAUCAUCGAGAAUGACUCAAUACUUCCCAAUGCCUACGUUACGAUCACGAAGGGUGGACACUCUGGGUCAUUACCGAGCACCAUCACCGUGCUUCCGACAGGCCCGGAUGGCGUUGGUACCUACCUGGUGUUCACUCCUCUAGCUUUGACCGGCCUAUCUCCCCCUCCGGGGCCAACACCGGCCAGCCCAGCAUCGAUUCCCGUGACGAUUUUGCCAACUGCUAAUGGCCCGCCAGUACCCGCCGGGCCUUUCACCACCAUUACGGUUGGCGGGGCUGAUCGGGUGCCCAGAAACCUGACCGUCACAUCUGGAGCCGAUGGCACAGUCUUCAUUCAGACUUUGGACAGGUUUGAGAUUACAGUUACGGGCCGAUGGAAUACCAUCACCGUCAUGGGACACGUCGGAUACAACCCUUUCCCUAUUACCAUGCCUGGCGACGGCAUAGCGGCGGGAGUCGAUCGUAGUGGGCAGUUUCUGGAGAUUAUUGAGACUCCUGCAGGAGACAUAGAUCUCCUGGUGACACUAGCCACAACCACAAUUGGAGUACAGGGAAUCGCUAGGGCAACCACUUACACGCUGGUUCCGACUGGUACCGGAAAUGCGGGUGCUGUCAUCGUCCAGACUCCUCUCGCCGUCUACGCAAAAAUAUUCACGACCAUUACCAUCCCUGGACCCGCAGUGACCACGCUUUCGAUCCCAGCCCCGGAGGGGAGCACCGGUACCGUCAUCGUGCAAACGACAGAUGGCUACACCGGACCGGCUGCAGGACCGUUCACAACCGUCACUGUUGGUGGUGGUCAGGGAAGCAGUCCAGCAACUGUUACGGUCCCCCCCCGAAACGGCAUACUAAACGUCCUUUUUGCACGACAAGCUGGCCCGCACACAGUUCUCGUACAGACACCAGACCCCGCCGCAUUUGCAGGACCAUACACGACCGUCACGGCCAAUGGAAACAAUGGCCCCCAACCAGUGACUUUUACGGUGCCUCCCCAGGGAACUGACAGGACGGGAACAGUUGUCAUCCAACCGGCCGAGAGCGUCUUCAAUGGUCCCUUCACGACCAUUACCUCUGGAGGCAUCACUGGGUCGAUCCCGGUUACGCUUACGGUUCUGCCCUCGAGGAACCCAUCAUUGGGAACCAUCAUCAUCCAGACAGCGCAGGCAGCUUCACCGACUGAUUUUGUAACUUGGGACGCACUUGCUGUUCCCGGUAGUGGAGCGAGAAUCACUUUGCCUGUGGCACCUGGUACACCACCAUCGCAACCAGCAACCGUUAUUGCUGCUCCUGGAUUGGGUGGCGAUGAUCCGGCAACCAGUGGUCUCGAGGCCCUCGAAGCCUCGGUUCUCACGAUUCGCGGUAAUUACAACGGCACGGUUCCUGAAACUCUUACUUUGACGUCACCAGGAGACGCCCAAUUUGCUACUAUCGUCCAGCAGCUCCCAGUUGGAUACACCGAGACAGGGGCUUUACCUCCGGGAACCGCUCCUAACGUCCCUGGUCAGUCGAAUGGUCCCGCGCCGACAGCAGGUCCGAUACCUGGCCAAGUACUUCCAGCCCUCACCAGCGGAUAUGAUGGCUCUGUUCCAACGACCGUGACUCUGCCGCCCGUGGGAGAUCAGACAGCCGGACAAGUAGUUGUUCUUACUCCAUUGUCGAACGCACUCGCACCUACAGGCAAUAACGCUGGCCAGCCACUGAACACGGUCACACAGGGUGCAGCCGUACCAUUCCCGACGACCAUCUCUCUCACACCACCAGCUGGACAGCCCGGAGCAACUGACUCGCCCAACCUUGUCUUGGUUUUGACGCCCCAGACGCCUGGUUCACCGGCGCAAACGCCAGUCUUCCCCGUUGCUCCGGCCCAGCUCACCACGACCUCAGGGUUUAUUGACGGACCCAACCCUCUUAUUUUCACAAUCCCUCCCGCGAGUUCCGGGGGUGAUGGUACCGUCGUGGUUUUGCAAACUCGCCCGCCGGCUGCCGUUUCCCCUCCCGGCGGUGCCCCUACUAACGCAGGUCCCCCUCCCGCUGGUGGUUCGUUGGUUUUGCCACCUGGCGUGCCGUUCGUGACGGUUACAACUCCGUUCGACGGGCCAGCGCCCCAGACUAAUGUUUUGUUUCCCUCAGGUACUAACCCGACAGGAACGGUUCUUGUUCAAGUGCCCGCAGCACAGUUUACGCCCCCGGCACCCGGAGUCAACCCUCCCGGACAGGGCGGUGCACCGGCACCAGGAAUCCCGCUGGGCCCCGGCAUCACUGUUGGCGGCCCGGUUCCUGUUCCCAGUGACGUCAACCUCGGUUCAUUCUUGACUGUGACCCAGGGCGGACCAAACGCAAACACGGUCAUCUUCCUUCCAACCGGUACUGAACCCGGCCUUGUUGUUAUCCAGACACCGACUGUCGCCCCGACUGCUGCUCCAGGCGCUGGUGUGGGCCAGACCCCGGCAGUGAACGUUCUCGAAACAACCACUGUUGGUUUCUCUGGCUCAGCUCCCACUACUAUCACCGUGCAGCCCCCCGGAGGUGGCUCUGGUAUCGUGGUCGUUCAAACUCCGUUCGUUAACCCGACGGCCCCCGGCCCCGUUGCCCCGGCCGUCCUUUUCACAACCACCACCCAAGGGUACACCGGGUCUACCACUAACAGCCUCACAUUCCAGCCUGCUGGGGCCGACACCGUUGGUACCGUGGUCAUACAAACCCCUCUCUUCCCCGGAGGCGCAACCCAGCCAACUGCGCAGCCCCCUGUGGUUCCGCCUGGCUUCGUGCUGGCAACGACUGGUUUCAACGGCGUCGCGCCGACCACAGUCACUAUCCCGCCGUCGGGAGCCAACCCCGGCACUGUUCUUGUCCAGACGCCCACGGCGCCGCCUCCUGUGGUCCCGCCUGGCUUCAUCCUGGCAACGAGCGGGUUCAACGGCGUCGCGCCGACCACAGUCACUAUCCCGCCGUCGGGAGCCAACCCCGGCACUGUUCUCGUCCAGACGCCUACGGCGCCUCCUCCUGUUGUUCCGCCCGGCUUCAUUCUGGCAACGAGCGGUUUCAACGGCGUCGCGCCGACCACAGUCACUAUCCCGCCGUCGGGAGCCAACCCCGGCACUGUUCUUGUCCAGACGCCCACGGCGCCGCCUCCUGUGGUCCCGCCUGGCUUUGUGCUGGCGACAACUGGAUACAAUGGCGCCGUGCCGACUACUGUCACUAUCCAGCCAUCGGGAGCCAAUCCAGGCACUGUGCUUGUCCAGACGCCCACUGGAGGUGCUGCCGGCGGCCCCGCGCCUGUUGUUUUAAUCAGUGGGUACACUGGAUCAGCGACAUCGACACUCACACUUAACCCAGCGAAUGCCGGAGAUCCGACGACUCUGGUCAUACUGACGCCGACUGGUCCUGGGGGGGCGACUCAGCCUGCCAAUGUCCCCUUCGCUACGACGACUCAGUUAUGGGACUCCACAGGUACAUCCACGUCAACGAUUCCCCCUAGUGGUGGGCAGUCCGCGGGUCAGGUCAUCGUAUUCGCACCUAGGUUCGCGAGAUUUGUGACUAGAACGACUGGAUAUGCUGCGAACGUGCUUUCCACCACGACUGUUCCCAUGACAAGUGGGACAGAGACAAUUGGCAUGGUUGUUAUCUUUUCCCCAACCGGAACAGCCAAUGUUGGGCAGAAUCCUUCGCCAACAAUUACGCCCGCUCCUGUCUUCGCAUCAGUCACAUCAACAUAUGGCGGUUCGGUCACACGUACCAGCACUUUCCCUGUCGGACCCAACGGCGAGCCGGCUUCUACUGUCGUCUAUGUUCCUAGUCAGGCUGCUGGUCCUGUCACUGCCACUUAUGGUGGCUCUGUCACUCUCACCAGCACAUUCCCUGUCGGUCCUAACGGCGAACCUGCUUCCACAGUGGUUUAUGUUCCUAGUGGCUCUGGACCUCAGGCUAAUGUCUUGACUGCCACAUAUGGCGGUUCAGUCACACGUACCAGCACUUUCCCAGUCGGACCCAACGGCGAGCCAGCUUCCACUGUCGUCUACGUCCCCAGUCAGGCGGCUGGUCCUGUAACUGCCACAUAUGGCGGCUCAGUUACUCUCACUAGCACUUUCCCCGUCGGUCCUAACGGCGAACCUGCUUCCACUGUCGUCUACGUCCCCAGUCAGGCAGCCGGUCCUGUCACUGCCACUUACGGCGGUUCGGUCACACGUACCAGCACAUUCCCCGUCGGACCCAACGGCGAACCUGCUUCCACAGUGGUUUAUGUUCCUAGUGGCUCUGGACCUUUGGCUAAUGUCUUGACUGCUACAUAUGGCGGCUCUGUUACUCUCACCAGCACUUUCCCCGUCGGACCUAACGGCGAACCUGCUUCAACAGUUGUUUACGUUCCUAGUCAGGCAGCCGGUCCUGUCACUGCUACUUACGGCGGUUCGGUCACACGUACCAGCACGUUCCCCGUCGGUCCCAACGGUGAACCAGCUUCUACGGUCGUUUACGUCCCCAGCCAGGCUGCCGGUCCAGUCACUGCUACUUACGGCGGAUCGGUCAUACGUACUAGCACUUUCCCCGUCGGACCCAACGGCGAGCCGGCAUCUACUGUCGUCUAUGUUCCUAGUCAGGCUGCUGGUCCUGUUACUGCCACUUACGGCGGUUCGGUAACUCUCACGAGCACCUUCCCCGCUGGACCCAACGGCGAGCCAGCUUCUACCGUCGUCUACGUUCCUAGUGGCUCUGGACCUCUGGCCAACGUUUUUACCGCUACCUAUGGCGGUUCAGUCACACGCACCAGCACAUUCCCCGUCGGACCCAAUGGUGAGCCAGCUUCCACCGUGGUUUACGUUCCUAGCCAGGCGGCUGGUCCUGUCACUGCCACAUAUGGCGGUUCAGUCACUCUUACCAGUACUUUCCCAGUCGGACCCAACGGCGAGCCAGCUUCCACUGUCGUCUACGUCCCCAGUCAGGCAGCCGGUCCUGUCACUGCCACUUACGGCGGUUCGGUCACACGUACCAGCACAUUCCCCGUCGGUCCCAACGGCGAGCCAGCUUCCACAGUGGUUUAUGUUCCUAGUAGCUCUGGACCUCUGGCUAACGUCAUCACUGCUACCUAUGGCGGUUCGGUCACUCGCACCAGCACUUUCCCUGUCGGACCCAACGGCGAGCCGGCAUCUACUGUCGUCUAUGUUCCUAGUCAGGCUGCUGGUCCUGUCACUGCCACUUACGGCGGUUCGGUCACUCUCACUAGCACUUUCCCGGUCGGACCCAACGGCGAGCCGGCAUCUACUGUCGUCUAUGUUCCUAGCCAGGCUGCUGGUCCCGUUACCGCUACAUAUGGCGGCUCAGUCACUCUCACCAGCACUUUCCCCGUCGGACCCAACGGCGAACCUGCGUCAACAGUGGUUUACGUUCCUAGUGGCUCCGGACCUCUGGCCAACGUUUUUACCGCUACCUAUGGCGGUUCAGUCACUCGCACCAGCACUUUCCCCGUCGGACCCAACGGCGAGCCAGCUUCUACUGUCGUCUACGUGCCUAGCCAGGAUGCCGGUCCCGUUACCGCUACAUAUGGCGGCUUAGUCACACGUACCAGCACAUUCCCUGUCGGACCCAACGGUGAACCUGCUUCCACAGUGGUAUAUGUUCCUAGUGGCUCUGGACCUCAGGCUAAUGUCUUCACUGCCACUUAUGGUGGUUCGGUCACUCUCACGAGCACUUUCCCUGUCGGACCCAACGGCGAGCCGGCAUCUACUGUCGUCUACGUGCCUAGUCAGGCUGCCGGGCCUGUUACUGCAACUUACGGCGGUUCGGUCACUCUCACCAGCACUUUCCCCGUCGGACCCAACGGCGAACCUGCGUCAACAGUAGUUUACGUUCCUAGUAGCUCCGGACCUCUGGCUAACGUUUUUACCGCUACAUAUGGCGGCUCAGUCACACGUACUAGCACUUUCCCUGUCGGACCCAACGGCGAGCCGGCUUCUACUGUCGUCUAUGUUCCUAGUCAGGCGGCUGGUCCCGUCACUGCCACUUACGGCGGUUCGGUCACUCUCACCAGCACUUUCCCGGUCGGACCCAACGGCGAGCCAGCUUCUACUGUCGUCUACGUGCCCAGCCAGGCUGCUGGUCCUGUUACUGCCACUUACGGCGGUUCGGUAACUCUCACGAGCACUUUCCCCGCUGGACCCAAUGGCGAGCCAGCUUCUACCGUCGUCUACGUUCCUAGUGGCUCUGGACCUCUGGCCAACGCUUUUACCGCUACCUAUGGCGGUUCAGUCACUCGCACCAGUACUUUCCCCGCUGGACCCAACGGCGAGCCAGCUUCUACUGUCGUCUACGUGCCCAGCCAGGCUGCUGGUCCUGUCACUGCCACUUACGGCGGUUCGGUCACUCUCACCAGCACUUUCCCGGUCGGACCCAACGGCGAGCCAGCUUCUACGGUCGUUUACGUUCCUAGUCAGGCGGCUGGUCCCGUUACCGCUACAUAUGGCGGCUCAGUUACUCUCACCAGCACUUUCCCCGUCGGACCCAAUGGCGAGCCAGCUUCCACUGUCGUCUAUGUUCCUAGCCAGGCCGCCGGUCCUGUUACUGCUACCUACGGUGGUUCGGUCACUCGCACGAGCACUUUCCCCGUCGGACCCAACGGCGAGCCAGCUUCUACCGUCGUUUACGUCCCCAGCCAGGCUGCUGGCCCCGUCACUGCCACUUACGGCGGUUCGGUCACUCUCACCAGCACUUUCCCGGUCGGACCCAACGGCGAGCCAGCGUCAACAGUGGUAUAUGUUCCUAGUGGCUCUGGACCUCAGGCUAAUGUCUUCACUGCCACUUAUGGUGGUUCGGUCACUCUCACGAGCACUUUCCCUGUCGGACCCAACGGCGAGCCGGCAUCUACUGUCGUCUAUGUUCCUAGUCAGGCUGCCGGUCCCGUCACUGCCACCUAUGGCGGUUCAGUCACUCUCACCAGCACAUUCCCCGUUGGACCCAACGGCGAGCCUGCGUCAACAGUCGUCUACGUUCCUAGUGGCUCCGGACCUUUGCCUAAUGUCGUUACCGCUACCUAUGGCGGUUCAGUCACUCGCACCAGUACUUUCCCCGUCGGACCCAACGGCGAGCCAGCUUCUACGGUCGUUUACGUUCCUAGUCAGGCGGCUGGUCCCGUUACCGCUACAUAUGGCGGCUCAGUUACUCUCACUAGCACUUUCCCCGUCGGUCCUAACGGCGAACCUGCUUCCACAGUGGUAUAUGUUCCUAGUGGCUCUGGACCUCAGGCUAAUGUCUUCACUGCCACUUAUGGUGGUUCGGUCACUCUCACGAGCACUUUCCCGGUCGGACCCAACGGCGAGCCAGCUUCUACUGUCGUCUACGUGCCCAGCCAGGCUGCCGGUCCCGUCACUGCCACUUAUGGCGGCUCGGUCACUCUUACCAGCACAUUCCCUGUCGGUCCCAACGGUGAACCAGCUUCCACUGUCGUCUACGUCCCUAGCCAGGCUGCCGGUCCCGUUACCGCUACAUAUGGCGGCUCAGUUACUCUCACUAGCACUUUCCCCGUCGGUCCCAACGGUGAACCAGCUUCCACUGUCGUCUACGUCCCUAGCCAGGCUGUCGGUCCCGUUACCGCUACAUAUAGCGGCUCAGUUACUCUCACUAGCACUUUCCCCGUCGGUCCUAACGGCGAACCUGCUUCCACAGUGGUUUAUGUUCCUAGUAGCUCUGGACCUCUGGCUAACGUCAUCACUGCUACCUAUGGCGGUUCGGUCACUCUCACCAGUACUUUCCCCGUCGGACCGAACGGCGAACCUGCUUCUACUGUCGUCUACGUCCCCAGCCAGGCUGCUGGUCCCGUCACUGCCACUUACGGCGGUUCGGUCACUCGCACGAGCACUUUCCCCGUCGGACCCAACGGCGAGCCAGCGUCAACAGUUGUUUACGUUCCCAGUCAGGCUGCCGGUCCCGUCACUGCCACUUAUGGUGGCUCUGUCACUCUCACCAGCACAUUCCCUGUCGGACCUAACGGCGAACCUGCUUCUACGGUUGUUUACGUUCCUAGUCAGGCCGCCGGUCCUGUUACUGCUACCUACGGUGGUUCGGUCACUCUUACCAGCACUUUCCCUGUCGGACCCAACGGCGAGCCAGCUUCCACUAUCGUCUAUGUUCCCAGCCAGGCCGCCGGGCCUGUCACUGCCACUUAUGGCGGCUCGGUCACUCUUACCAGCACAUUCCCUGUCGGACCUAAUGGUGAACCUGCUUCUACUGUGGUUUAUGUUCCCAGUGGCUCCGUACCUCUGGCCAAUGUCUUCACUGCCACAUACGGUGGUUCGGUCACUCGCACCAGCACUUUCCCCGUCGGACCCAACGGCGAGCCGGCUUCCACUGUCGUCUAUGUUCCUAGCCAGGCCGCCGGUCCUGUUACUGCUACCUACGGUGGUUCGGUCACUCUUACCAGCACUUUCCCCGUCGGUCCCAACGGUGAACCAGCUUCUACGGUCGUCUACGUCCCUAGCCAGGCUGCCGGUCCCGUUACCGCUACAUAUGGCGGCUCUGUCACUCUCACCAGCACAUUCCCUGUCGGACCCAACGGCGAACCUGCGUCAACAGUUGUUUACGUUCCCAGUGGCUCUGGACCUCUGGCAAAUGUUUUUACUACUACCUACGGCGGUUCGGCCACUCUCACCACCACUUUCCCGCUCGGUCCUAAUGGCGAACCUGCCUCAACUGUAGUUUACAUUCCAAUUACCGGCACAUCUAUUAUACCCUCUGAGACUGCAUCUUAUGUUACAUUGACGACUGGAUAUGACGGAUCAGUCACUGCCUACCAGACACUGGCACCACCUGCCUCUGGACUGCCCGGCACCGUACUUGUGCAAGUUCCAACUACUAACAUUGCCUCCGCUACAGAUAGUCUCAUUGUAUCAGGCGGGACGACCUAUCCUCUUCGUACACGACAGUCGUCACUGGUGUCCCUGGCACAUUUCACCGGCACUCUGGUAUCGACUCUGCCUGCUGGUCCUGACGGUAUUGCAACCGUUCUGUUCCAAACCGCUAUUCCCACCGCUACCGCCUCUUCGUACACGACGGUCGUCACUGGCGUCCCUGGCACGUUCACAGGCACUUUGGUUUCGACGUUGCCAGCUGGUCCAGACGGAAUCGCAACAGUGCUUUUCCAGACUGCCAACCCGGGUGCCACCGCCUCUUCGUACACGACGGUCGUCACUGGCGUCCCUGGCACAUUCACAGGCACUCUGGUUUCGACGUUGCCAGCUGGUCCAGACGGAAUCGCAACAGUGCUUUUCCAGACUGCCAUUCCUACUGCCACCGCCUCGUCGUACACGACGGUCGUCACUGGCGUCCCUGGUACUUUCACGGGCACUUUGGUUUCGACCCUGCCAGCUGGUCCAGACGGAAUCGCAACAGUCCUUUUCCAGACUGCCAACCCGAGUGCUACCGCCUCCUCAUACACUACGGUCGUCACUGGCGUCCCUGGUACUUUCACGGGCACUUUGGUAUCGACACUACCUGCUGGCCCAGAUGGUAUCGCAACAGUCCUCUUCCAGACUGCCAUUCCUACUGCCACCGCCUCGUCGUACACGACGGUCGUCACUGGUGUCCCUGGUACUUUCACCGGCACUCUCGUUUCGACUCUGCCUGCUGGUCCUGACGGUAUUGCAACCGUUCUGUUCCAAACCGCUAUUCCCACCGCUACCGCCUCUUCGUACACGACGGUCGUCACUGGCGUCCCUGGCACGUUCACAGGCACUUUGGUUUCGACUCUGCCAGCUGGUCCAGACGGAAUCGCAACAGUCCUUUUCCAAACUGCCAUUCCUACUGCCACCGCCUCGUCGUACACGACGGUCACUGCCAACCCGGGUGCCACCGCCUCUUCGUACACGACGGUCGUCACUGGCGUCCCGGGCACAUUCACAGGCACUUUGGUUUCGACUCUGCCAGCUGGUCCAGACGGAAUCGCAACAGUCCUUUUCCAGACUGCCAUUCCUACUGCCACCGCCUCUUCGUACACUACGGUCGUCACUGGCGUCCCUGGUACUUUCACGGGCACUUUGGUAUCGACACUACCUGCUGGCCCAGAUGGUAUCGCAACAGUCCUCUUCCAGACUGCCAUUCCUACUGCCACCGCCUCGUCGUACACGACGGUCGUCACUGGCGUCCCUGGUACUUUCACGGGCACUUUGGUUUCGACUCUGCCAGCUGGUCCAGACGGAAUCGCAACAGUGCUUUUCCAGACUGCUAACACGAGUGCCACCGCCUCGUCGUACACGACGGUCACUGCCAUUCCUACUGCCACCGCCUCGUCGUACACUACGGUCGUCACUGGCGUCCCUGGUACUUUCACGGCACACUUGGUAUCGACACUACCUGCUGGCCCAGAUGGUAUCGCAACAGUCCUCUUCCAGACUGCCAUUCCUACUGCCACCGCCUCGUCGUACACGACGGUCGUCACUGGCGUCCCUGGUACUUUCACGGGCACUUUGGUUUCGACUCUGCCAGCUGGUCCAGACGGAAUCGCAACAGUGCUUUUCCAGACUGCCAACCCUACUGCCACCGCCUCGUCGUACACGACGGUCGUCACUGGCGUCCCUGGCACAUUCACAGGCACUCUGGUUUCGACUCUGCCAGCUGGUCCAGACGGAAUCGCAACAGUGCUUUUCCAGACUGCCAUUCCUACUGCCACCGCCUCGUCGUACACGACGGUCGUCACUGGCGUCCCUGGUACUUUCACGGGCACUUUGGUAUCGACACUGCCUGCUGGCCCAGAUGGUAUCGCAACAGUCCUCUUCCAGACUGCCAUUCCUACUGCCACCGCCUCGUCGUACACGACGGUCGUCACUGGCGUCCCUGGCACUUUCACGGGCACUUUGGUUUCGACUCUGCCAGCUGGUCCAGACGGAAUCGCAACAGUCCUUUUCCAGACUGCUAACACGAGUGCCACCGCCUCUUCGUACACGACGGUCGUCACUGGCGUCCCUGGCACGUUCACCGGCACUUUGGUUUCGACGUUGCCAGCUGGUCCAGACGGAAUCGCAACAGUCCUUUUCCAGACUGCCAACCCGAGUGCUACCGCCUCUUCGUACACGACGGUCGUCACUGGCGUCCCUGGCACAUUCACAGGCACUCUGGUAUCGACUCUGCCUGCUGGCCCAGAUGGAAUCGCAACAGUCCUUUUCCAGACUGCUAUUCCUACUGCCACCGCCUCUUCGUACACGACGGUCGUCACUGGCGUCCCUGGCACGUUCACCGGCACUUUGGUUUCGACGUUGCCAGCUGGUCCAGACGGAAUCGCAACAGUCCUUUUCCAGACUGCCAUUCCUACUGCCACCGCCUCGUCGUACACGACGGUCGUCACUGGCGUCCCUGGCACGUUCACCGGCACUUUGGUUUCGACGUUGCCAGCUGGUCCAGACGGAAUCGCAACAGUCCUUUUCCAGACUGCCAUUCCUACUGCCACCGCCUCUUCGUACACGACGGUCGUCACUGGCGUCCCUGGUACUUUCACGGGCACUUUGGUUUCG